GGAGCUUAAAUCUGCUUUCUGCACCAGUUUAGAGACUUCUGUACUGACCGUCUCGCACCUCGGUUGUCUGAGUAGAGUGUUUUUAUUAAGCUGUGUGAUCGUCUUUUUAAUCUUCGCGCGCGCGCGCGUGUGUGUGUGUGUGUGUGUGUGUGUGUGUGUGUGUUCCGUAUAAUUGUGAAUGCACCUCGCGCUCGACCCAUCAGAAUAGUCCGCUUCGGUGGAGCGCGUGGUGAAUCAGGUUCAGGUUUGUCUCAUAUUAAUGUCGCACUUUCUCUGUUUUUCAUGUGUAUGCGAGUGUUGUUUUUUCUCUGUUAUUCUGUUAUCAUUCUCUGUUGUUCUCUUAUUUAGCGCAGAAAUUGUACUGGGUUUUAGAUUGAUCUGGAUAAGUGUUUAUUUCGCUGUACAAUCUCAUUAGUAUUUGACAUUUUUUAGCUGUUCGCGGUUAUUUCAGUGUUUAAAAAACACAGUUUGAACGAUAUGUUUAUUCAUCUGCAUUGUGCAACACUUGCUUUCUUUAGGCUGUAUUUAUCAUCAUUUUAACUCCAUUAUUACUUGUGUUUUUGCAGCUUUACUCGUGAAUUUCUGUUCUAUUCAAAUGUGGUUGAAAGUCAGGUUAUUUUACUGUCUCUUCAGUUAUUCCAUUAUCCAGAGAUGGUUCUUUAAGUGUGGUCAAGGGACCCCAACAUCUCUCAGAGCCAAUCCAGGGGGUUAGGGUUAGGGUUAGGGUCAAUGUGAUUCAUAUUUAAUGAUAUUUUAGGAACUGCACAGUUGAUGUCAUUUUAUGAUAAUUAAGCCUCAAAUGAGGACAGAACUCUUUGUUAGAUCUGUACCUCGACAUGAUAAGGAAAGGAAAUUCCUGACUGAUUCUGAAAAUUUCUUGGAUGCCUGACUUGAAUAACACAUGCCAGACUUGUGCACAGAAACAAUGUCAUGUGUCAUUUGUGGACUGAACCUAAAUUAAAACACAAGACAUGGAAUCACAGUACAGAAGACACACUGUUACUUGUACUUGAGCAGAAAAAGGCUUUUUUCAGACGUCAGAGCUGAGUCGAGACAUUCCCCAACCUGUGAACAAAUCUAACAGGCAGACUUCACAAGGACAGUCGCCUGGAGACCCCAACAGCCAAACGAUGAACAUGAAGCUCCUAAAGACUCAGAUCCAAACAUUUCUGAAGUUACACUGACAAGCCAAAGAGCUGCAUGUGUGUCUGACAGUAAAUCUACAGUCUUUGUGUUUGUGUUAGAGGCCUUAACAUGGUGAUACUUUCAGUGUUUGCUGGGGGAAAGAGUCCACUUUGAAAAAACUCUUCAAGCAUUACUACCAUUUUUUGAUUGUAUAAAAAUCCACACAAGGCAUGACAGUUUCUAGCAAGUAUGUGUUUGUAUAAUCUUUAUGAGGAUUUUGGGGAUUUACUUCCCUUUUGACUGCUUGUUUCGAAUUCCCCUAUUUUGCAUUUGAAAUGGGCUUUAAGUCUAUAAUGUAAAGCAAUUCAUUUAAUUGCUGCAUUGCUCCACCAGUGUAGUCUGAAUCUGAAUUGUUACAUAUUAAGAAAUAUGCAGGAGUGCAUAUGUCCAGUCAUUGUUAUUCUAAGAUCACCUUAACCACUAACUGGUAUCAAGAGUUCCCAAAUUAAUGCAACAACAUUUGCUGUUUAUCAUGUUUUCAAGUGAACGUGCAUGUAUAAAAUAUCUAAAUAUUGACAAUACAAUGAGCAGUUAUUUUAAGACCCUGUUAACAACUCAAUAAUGUCCAGGAAUCCCUGUAAUCUCUCCAUGUAAGAUGCAUGUGAGAUUGGCAAGUUCCUAAAAACCAUAUCAAGGCUUAUAUGUUCCAAUAUAUCAGGUGUUUGUAUUAUAAAAAGGACUUGCUAGAAAGUCCUGAAAGUUCUUGAUGGCUUGAACAAGCUAGAAUCACAGGAUUGGUAGACCAGCAACUCCCACAUGAAGUAAAUGUUUUAAUAGAAGGGUCUGGUGGCUUUGAGAAGAGGUCUAUUUCAGUUGACCUGUUUUCCUCUUAAUUCCCAUAGACACUUCUUCCUGAUCAUGUUGACCUGAUCCAAAAUGGGGGACUCAUCAAACGGCAGCUGGGCUCUGACUGACUACUUCCUUGCCACUGACGGUCUGGACUACGAGGAUGAGAUUCCAGACACCACUCAGGGCCUGGCCUUCUUUGUGGCCACCAUCAUCAUCGCUGUGGUGCUAGUGUGCAUCAUGUUGGUGUGUGGAGUGGGAAAUUGUCUGUUCAUAGCCAGCCUUGCUCGGUACAAGCAGCUCCGUAACCUGACCAACCUGCUGAUUGCAAAUCUGGCCGUGUCAGACGUGCUGGUGGCGAUUGUGUGCUGUCCUUUCUUGCUUGACUACUAUGUGGUGAAGAAGCUGUCAUGGGACCACGGUCUGCUGCUCUGUGCCGCCACCAAUUACCUGCGCACCGUGUCGCUCUAUGUGUCCACCAAUGCUCUGCUGGCCAUUGCUGUGGAUAGGUAGGUCCACCUGUAGCUCCUCCAAUAAAUUGAGGUAGACAUUACACCCCAAAUCAUGGAUGGGAUUUUUAAAGUGUUUGUUAGCGAGAUAUCUCAGCACCUACUUAUGGGAUUGGGAUGAAAUCUGGUGGAAAAUGCCGUUAACGGUUUAAGAAUGGGUGAUAAAGUUUUUGUGCAGAUGGAGCCUACAUCCAUGAAGUAAAUUAGUAUAACUGUUGCCUGCUUGCACUUACAAGAAAAAUAAUUAACAGGACAUCCCUUUGGAACUCUUGACAUGCCUUAAACCUAAAUGCAUGGACAUGUGCACAGCCUGCUAACUUACAACAAUAACAACCAUUUUAGUGAAAGCUAUGCUAAUUCUCCAAGGAUGACUGCUUCAAAAAGGCAAAAAACUUAGACACGGCACAUACUGGCUUUGUGUGAACAGAUGUCCUGAUUUGAUUUAGUGCGUCCCAUUUUUAAUAUCCAGACUCCUGAAAAACACUAAUAGGCCUUAUUUGGAUGAUCCCUCUACAAGUUUAAUUAAUUGAAAUACUAAAAGCAAUGCUACAUGCUUUGAAAUAAAGACAAUGAUUUGUCUUACAAUUGUCAAACAUGCUGUUGCUAAGGUUGUUGCUGUUUUAACAAAUAAAAACAUCUCUAAUGCACAGCAAGCCAGUGCUUUACACUAAACUGUGCAUGUGUCAGUCUUGGCAUGCAACUUUUCCUCAGAAAGCCAAGUUUAACUGAUAGAACCUGCAGCAUCACAUCAAGUUAGCUACAAGGAGGUGGAAGGCAGAGUUUUCCAAAGAGCUCCAGGAGAGUCACAUUCUGAAGCUCUUCGGAAAACUGAGGCAUUUCAAUGGUGCUGAAAUGUGCACUGAUGAAAACUCUGAUUUUAGUGGUGUCAGGAUGAGAGUGCACAGUGCAGUUCUGGGCAGAAAGUGGAGAUGUUGACAGGCAGCAAUAAUCUCAGUCACUACCAAAUAAAAACUGGUCUGUGAUGUAGUUCACAACAAAAUAGUUUGCGAAAUUGGACAGGAUGUACAAAUGGUUGUGCGGGAUCAUUGUGAAACCACCAGUCAGUUGUUUCCUAUAAUUCACUGUUCCAAAUUAGAAAUAUUAUGCUAUCCCCACCAAUAAUCAAAAGUCAGCCUUUAGUCAUUUAAUACGCUUUAAAUCCUGGCUGCAGAUUGAGUACUGGUCUUUGUUUAAGGAUUUUCUGUACUCUCUCAUUAAUGAGUCUUAUACAGCAAAGCAUGUUAAACAGAUAAUGAGUUUCUGUUUCUGUUUCUGACACCAAUUGUCAAUUUUUUAUUGAGAAGCUCAGCUCCCAUUCUUAAAAUCUUAUUCUCAGUUGAUCUUAUUCAUAUUACAUAUUCUGGUUUUAAAUCUGGCCAAAACCGUGACUCUGUCACCUAAUCCCUGCCUUCUGUUUGGUUAGAAACUCUCUGAAGGAAUAAAGAUCCUUCAGCAGCUCUGUGAGGCACAUUUUGAGAUAACUCCUCUGAUCUGGAAUAGAAGCACUCAAACAUCUUCUGAUCAAUCUCACAUGCUCCAGUCUGUCAGCACAGAGAGUAUCUGCGACUAUGUCCUUGUCUGUGACACGUGUGAGACUCAUGACCUCGACCUAUCAGUCCAUCAGUUGGUGGUGAAGCUGCUCUGAAUACGAACAAGAUGAGGGUCAAUAUAAACAUGUGAUAUAGAUGAGGUGUGGUCAGGUGACAUGAACCGGUCCGCUCAAGGUGACUGUCCACCUCAGUGUUCAAUUAUGUCAGUGACAAACACAUCUUCACAGACACAAGGACUGCAUUUAUUCUUACACCAAGAAACUCAGAGCUUCUAAAACUGAACCAUUUUAUUCAUAUGUUUCUCCCCUCAUUGGCUUGUCUCACAUCUUGUAGAAGUUUUACCAAGAGGGCUGGCAGAAAAAAAUGUAAUGAAGUUGGAGUGAAAACUUUGAUUGUUUGCAUUCACGGUUGCAACCUGUCUGAAGAUUUUAUGACUUUUUUGAGGAGAGCAUUUGUUUAACAGAUUCAUGUCUGAAAAUAAGCUCAAUAUUUUUUGAUUGUUGUAUCAAUUCUGCUUUGUCAAUGUGAAACCUGCAGCAGACAGUAGCAGCUGCUUUUAUCUGGACUGCAGGGUGUUUCUCCUAUUUUUGAGGACAAGAUCACAGAUUAUUAACUGCCUCUGGUCUUCCCACAGCCUCUGAAUCAAAUCCAUCAUGAGGAGAACUUCACACUGUGGGACCAGCAGCCCACCGUGUUACAUAGAUCAUGGCUGACCUCUCCUGUCAUGUAGAAACAGGUCCUACGGAGAGGAUGAUAAUCAUGAAUAUCCUGGAACGUUAGAGCAGUCUGAGCCCACCUGUUUAUUCAUAAAGCUCAGCAGUACCUCUAGAGGUCUGGUUUUGUCUGCCUUUCUUGGCCUCUGGAAAGGUCAAAAUCUUUCUGCUUUAGCCAACUGCACCUUAUUACUGCUCAUUAUAAAAGAGACACCAGCAUUAUAUUAUACUUGAAGAUGUCAUUCUUGAGGUACCAUGAGGAACGCCUCAAAAACAUACUUUUUAUAGUUUGCACAUAAUUUAAUUUGAAAAUAGCUAAUAAUAAUUAAACAGUUUCAGAAUCAUGUUCCUGAGAGUAAAAUGUGGAAGAAUGAGUGGAUUUCAUCAUCUACAGAAGAUAAUAUCAUUAAAAGAUUCAGAGAGUCCUGAAAAAUCUCUGUAUAAGAGGGACAAGUACCAAAACCAAUACUGGGUGGUCUGGAUCUCCAGGCCCUCAGACAGGACUGCAUUAAAAGUAGACAGGACUCUGUAGUGGGGAUCACUGCAUGAGCUCACAAUCACCACCAAAAACCAUUGUCUGUGAACACAGUCCAUCACUGCAUCCACAAAUGAGGUUAAAACUGAACCUUAAGAGGGAACCUGACAUAAUCAUGGUGCAGAAACACCAGAUAUGCAGAAACACGACCCUGUUGUGAGACAAAGUUUGUCUUUUUUUACCUGCUAAAAUAAUCUAAAGAAGUCAGCCAUUUAUUUUUCAGGAGUACUGAAAAAGUUGUUCAAAUUGUCGUCCUGUCUGCAGGUACAUGGCCAUCCUCUACCCAUUGAGACCUCGUAUGAAGUACCAGACAGCAUACUAUGUGAUCCUGACAGUCUGGAUCGUCCCCAUCUUCAUCUCCAUUCCCUCCGCCUAUAUGGCCUCUGAGACGACGUACUCCCACACUGACAAUGGAACCUUUAAGACCUUCUGUGCCCAGAUCUGGCCUGUGGACCAGCAGGUUUAUUACCGCUCCUACUUCCUCCUCACUUUCAUUCUGGAGUUCAUUGGCCCAGUGACCAUAAUGACCAUCUGCUAUACCCACAUCUCCAAGGAGCUCUGGUUCAAGGAUGUCCCGGGUUUUCAGACGGAGCAGAUCCGGCAGAAGGUCCAGAAGCGUCGGAGGACAGUGGUGGUGCUGAUUCUGGUGCUGGUGGCGUACAUCCUGUGUUGGGCACCUUAUUACAGCUUUGCCUUGCUGCGGGACUUUUACCCCACCAUCAUAUCCCGAGACAGGAACUCCUUAGUGGCUUUCUACAUCAUUGAGUGCAUCGCCAUGAGCAAUGGGGUCAUCAACACCCUCUGCUUUAUGAGCGUUCGCAACAACAAGCGCCUGAAAAAGGCUGGGAAGUUUCCACUAAAGCUGGUGACCUUUGUGGCCACAAGGUCUGUGGAUGAAGGGGACACACGGACGUCGUCUCUGCGUGUGACAGAGGACGGGGAGCACGCUUGGCUGAGGUAGGAGUCAUAUCUAACCAUUAUGGACAGCACAAACAUGGAGAAAGACAUCAGGUAGAGUCCAUGUUUGAAGAUCUGCUUCUGCUUCAACAUGUCACCUGAAUUUGAUCACAGCAGAAACACCAAACUGAAGGAUUUAACACUGAAGUAAUUACACCAGUUUCAAACAUACUGUGCAGUCUCUCCACUCCGAGGUUACACCAGAACCUCACAUGAAAAUGUUCUUGUUUUUGUUUCAGCUUUAUUUCUAGUGUUUUUCAUAUCAAAAGUGUCGAAACUGGUGGGGGACUUCCAGUUGCGAUGCAGAAAACAGGACCAGCGAAAGAGGACUCCUAGACCACACACAUCAAAUCCUGUCUUUGUCUCACCUAACCGACUGGUUUUUGCCACUUUUUUUUUAAUUUAAUGUCAUAGUAAAUAGUUUUACAUGCGAUUAGCAAUUCAAACAGCAACAGACAAGAUAAAAUCCCCCACACCCCAGCAACACGCACAGCUCCUAGCGCUGCAGAUAAGCUAGUAGCAUUUGCAGCUAGCAAUCCGCCGCCAGCAGCAAAAGCAUCUAAAGAAACUGCCACUGUGGAGGACCAUGCUCAGGGAGGAUGUUUCUUUUCUGAUACAAGAAUCAUUAAAGCCUCUAGUUGGAUUGAUUACAAGUAACCAUGAACUCUUUUCAACGACAUGUGGAAUCAGUGGCUGGCAAUGACUUUGAGUGGGUAGCUGCUGCAGAGGCCACGGUUAAAACAUUUCAGUCCCAACACCAAGCACUUAUGGAUCACAUUAACAAAUUUAAAAACCUCUUGUGGAGAAUUGAUCUCUGUAUCCUAAGCUUUCCUCAAGGUAGUGAAGACAGUAAUGACCCGCUCACGUCCAUGUCAGAGGUGUUACCACAGGUGAUGGGGCCCAACGCGUUUUCAGUCCCACCAGGGCUUGAUCUGUCCAGAUCUGUCCAGUGAAGAAAAAUUACAUCCAUGCCCUCAUAUGUACCACACCACACUGACCUUCCUUUUUGACAGGCAGGGCUUACCUAAAACACCACAGGAGGGGAAAAAAAAAUGUCCAUUCCUCACAUUCCAGUUUUCUGUGUAUAUGCUUUAAUGGUUGACCAUCUGUACAUGCUCAUACUAAUAAUGUGUAAAUGUGUGUGUGCAUGUAUGUGGUUAGCAGAUGUGAACGGGUGAGACCUCUUUGUUUUCUGUAACCUUAGUUCUUUAUUGUCACUUUAAUGUGUCCUUUAUUGCAAAGGUUGUGGUUUGGAGGUUAUAGUUUUUCAACAACAAAAAGAAAACUUGGUAAUGUGAAAAGUAAUUUUACAUUUUGUUGUAUUCUGUAUGUUAAAAACAAAUAAAACAUGGAACUAC